GAAGAUACUAGUGAGUAUAAUGAAUUUGAAGGCGGUGAGAGUGUUGUGGAAAUAUCAGACUGUGCUUCUUGUUCAAGCAAUCAUUCUUUGACUAGUGAAGAGAGGCUCUCUGAGCUUGUGAAGAGUUCUACAGAAAUUUUGGAGUAUUCAUCAGAUAGUGAAAAGGAAGAUGACUCAGAGAAUGUCUUGUUCAUUGAUUCCGAAUCCUCUCCCAAAUACCACAUGGAUUUUGGAUCUGAUGAUAGACAGAUGAUGGAGAAACUGAUAAAGCAGAGGGUGAAAUCUGCAGAGACCAUUUUGUACACACCCCAGGAACAGACUUUUCCCAGGAUUCCAGACACAUCAGCAAACAAGAAGAAGCUUCUAAGAGGCGGGCUAGCAGAAAGACUAAAUGGCCUGCAGAAUCGAGAGAGAUCUGCCAUUUCUUUGUGGAGACAUCAGUGUGUUUCUUACCAAAAGACACUUUCAGGUAGAAAAUCGGGUGUAUUAAUUGUGAAAAUUCUAGAGCUGCAUGAGGAAUGCACCAUCCAAGUUGCCAUGUGUGAGCAUUUAGCAGGGCUGCAGGCCAACAACCCUUCUCAAGGUGAGGCCCCUAGGACUGGCCUGAAGGUUCUGUUCACCAAGGAGACUGCUCACCACCUCAGGGGACAUCCCCAAGACAUCGUCCAUAUCUACCCUCCCUGGCAAAAGCUUAUUAUACCAAAUGGAAGUUGCCCUGUUAUUCUGAAUACUUAUUUUUGUCAGAAAGUUGUUGCCAAAGAAGAUUCAAAAAUAAUACAUGAAGCACACUGUUGGGACCCACCCCGUCCAAGAAAAAGUAUCACUUUGGCUCAGAUGUUUAGAUUUAGGAAUCUAACAUAUAAAUCACCUGAAAGCCAGGUAAUGUGUAGUGGUCUCACUACAAUGUGGACAGACUGCACCCACGGACAUGAGGAAGCCAAACAGCACUUCCCAGCUCAAGCUCCCCUGAGGGAUUCUCUCCUGGAUGCAGUGGAAAGCCAGGGAGCUGCCACAUGGUCAGGAGUUGGGGUUCGAGUAGUGGUACAGAGAGUUUACUAUCUUCCCUGCAGAUAUCAGCAGGGAGGUGGUUCAGCUGCGCCACCUGGAUCAGACCCACCUAGAGUUCGAGUCUGCCUUCUCGUGCAAGAUGCCUAUGGGAUGUUCAGUGAAGUGCACUCUGAGGGCACCAUCUUGAAGGACCAGCAGUUGGAAGGAAAGUCCUGCAGCCUGAUGGGAAUGAAGGUUCUACAGAAGGCUACCAGAGGAAGGACAGCAGGGCUUUUCGGUUUGAUCGAUACCAUGUGGCCUCCAGUGAUGCCUCUGAAAGCACCUGGCCAUGGCCGAGCCUGCGAAGAGGUAAAAAUUCAUGUGCCUCCUCCUAGCUUCUGUUACAUCCUCAUUGCUCAUCCAAAUGUGGGGCAAAUUGAAAUAAUUGAAGAAGACCCCAUUUCUAAGUUUUACCAGCCUCCAGUUCCCCGCGUCUUAAGAGAAAUUCUCCAGACCAAUGAUCUUAGUACCCGUUGCAGUUUCUAUGCCAGAGUGAUUUAUCAAAGACCACAGGUAAACAAUUUGCUUCCUCUGCAGCAAAGGGAGAUUUGGCUGAUGGUGACUGAUGUCACCCUGCAGAUGCAGGAUGAGAAUAACUCUGGCCUCCCCAAAACCAUGCCAGUCUGUGUGGCCCCCUCAUGUGUGUUGAGCCAGGACGUCCUGGAAGCGCUCACCGAGGCUGUCUCUCACAGCUUUCUCUUCAGGGACACUCUCCGAGCUCAGGGUCGGAUUGUUUGUGUUGAACGAAGUGUCCUCUUGCUUCAAAAGCCCCUUUUGGGUGUGGACUCCAGUGCUUGCUCCUGUGAACUGACUGGCCCUGUGAAGCUCAAUGAACUGGAUUCUGUCACUCAGGUCAACUCCAUUUGCAGCGUUCAAGGCACUGUGGUUGGUGUAGACGAGAGCACUGCUUUCUCCUGGCCUACUUGUGACCUGUGUGGCAACGAGAGAUUGGAACAGAGCCCAGGAGACAGAGGCACCUUUUCCUGUGGGGACUGCUCCCGUGUGGUCACCUCUCCUCUCCUCAGAAGGCACCUGCAGGUGUUCCUGGACUGUCCGUCUCGACCCCAGUGCACAGUGAGGGUCAAGCUGUCCCAGGCCAGUAUUUCUUCACUCCUGAGGUUUGCCGCCUGCGAGGAUGGGAGUUAUGAAGUGAAGAGUGUCCUCGGAAAGGAGGUGGGGUUGUUGAAUUGUUUUGUCCAGUCCAUAACCACCCACCCAGCUAGCUGCGUUGGAUUGGAGGAAAUUGAGCUCCUGAGUGCAGGAAGAGCCUCUUCCGAACACUGCCGGUUGCCAUAGGAUUUGUGAACUUUGUGAUGCAGUCACAAUGGUGGUGGAUGGAGGUGGCGGCUUGGGGUAGUUAUUUGUUAACUAUGGGCAGAGCAAAUGUAUGAUCUUGAAAUGGAACUUAGAUUUUUCUGGGUCAAAUGUUAGUAAGAUGAUUUUGUGAACUAAACAUCAAAAAUAAUUUUUUCUAGUUUUUGCAAAUUUAGGAACAUGCUAUUAAAACUUAAAUAAGCCUGAGGUCUUCAUUUUGUAUUUCAUCUUAGUCAAUAAUAUUAAAACAGCAAGAAAAAAAUUUCGUUCACUUGUAAUUUUUUAAGUGUUUAAAUUUUACCAUGAUUCGACGUUUUUCUUGUAGUUAUUCAACAUUGUCCCAAAGAAUACCCUGCAAAGCUGAGACAUUUGUCCUAAAUUGUAAUGUUACUGUUCUACACAGUACAUGUCCAACUUAAGCAUUUUGCAGUCUAAUAUUUAUUUUUUGGAAAAUGUUCUGGGAAACUGUGUCAGAGGUAGAACGGUUACCCAUAAAGUAUAGAUAAGUUACCCGGUGUGAUUAUCACCAUACUGCACAGAGGUAUAGAUAGCUCACUCUAGAUAGGCCUGUUUAAUCUUGCUGGGUACUGUGCACAGAGAGCCAAGAUAACAGAUUCAAGAGGAGUGAUUGCUUAUCGUUUGCUUUGUUGGCAGAGAUUUAAAUUAACAUAAAAUGAUGAAUAAAUUAUCUUUAGACAACGAAGAUUGUUUCCUCCCUUAAAAUCAAUCAUGACAGGCCAUGGUUAAUUACACAAUAUAGACCUAGCAGCCCAGAGCAAGAAAGGGUGCCUAGUACCCACUUUAACUGGAAGAA